AUGUAAUUAAUAAAGGAAUUAGUGGUAGGCAUCAAUAAUCCUGUUAGUAAAAUAGAACAAUUAAAGAAAUCCAUAAUGAGGGAAAUCAACAAAUAAAAUUACAACACCAUAGACCAUACACAUCGUCGUUCUAUUUCAACUCAAGAAACUCCGUUCACUGUAGUCAGUAUAAAGAAACCAAAGACUUAACUCAAUACUAUUGAAUUGGCUCCCUUGAGGAACAAAACCAAGUUUAUGCCUAAUUCUGCUUUGGAAUUCACCAACAAGUAAUAGAAAAACAAGUCACUGCAAUUUAAAUAAAAGAUCUAUACUUAGGAGUUCAAGGAGAAGAGUGAGUAUGUACAAGAGAGAAGGAGAUUUAAUAAGAAUUUAGAAUGUCUUAAAUAAAACAAUUAAAGAUUUAGAUUAAGUGUAAGCUUAAGUGAACAACCACAACAAUUGAAUAAGCUACUCGAAAGCAGGUUGUCACAUAUGUUGAAAUAUUACAAUAACAAUCAUGAUAAUUAUUUAUAUUGA